GCAAAAAUGGGGCUAAUUCCGGUUCUGCACUGUAGUCGGUAGGGUUUAAGGCAGAGAUAGCGAGGCGGAGAAAGGAUGAAGCCGGUGGUGGGAACAGUAGUGUCAAACAAAAUGCAGAAAUCAGUAGUGGUAGCUGUAGAUAGACUCUUCCACAACAAGCUUUACAAUCGCUAUGUGAAGCGCACCUCUAAAUUCAUGGCUCAUGACCAGAACGACGAAUGCAACAUCGGCGACCGCGUAAAGUUAGAUCAUUCGAGACCAUUGAGCAAGCGUAAGCACUGGGUUGUUUCUGAAAUUUUGAAAAGGGCUAGAAUUUAUGUACCUCCACUGAAAUCCAGCUCUGAGACUGACAGUAAGACGGGAGUGUCUGCCAAUGCUAAUUAGAGCAGAAAGUUUGGGCACGAAUUUUAGGUGAGAGUUCGACUCAAUUUUACAGCUCUAACUUUGGAAUGUAAUCCAAAGAGCCGCACACAUUAGCGAAGGUGGAUCUUUAGCUGUUCUUCUGCAUAUGGAUUCAGGAUGUCGAUUGAUGUAUUGAUUGUAUUGCUGUACUGAAAGGAUACAAUUCUCUCUUGUGUAGCAAUUCUAUGGAAUAAAAUCACCACCUUGCUUAUAU